UCAACCAAACACUCAACUGAUAUUGUGUGAUAAAAACUGGAAGUCAGCCGGUGGACGAGGUGCUGUUUAUUCAGAAAAAAGCCCACGAACCGAGCGGCCCUCGUCGUUUUAAACAAACUCGGUCGCUGCUGUACCGAAACUUGUCCCACUAGCGAAGAAGACGGCGAAAAUUCCUGCUAGUAAACCCUCCAAAGGCUGGUUUUUAUUUUGCUGUGGCUGUCGAAAGGCGGGGAAUACGAAGCGACGUGUGGUCAAAUCUUACAUUUUUGGACUCGCUGAAGCCAAAACGGGAUUACUACAAAGACAGUUCGUGCUGCUGUGACUGGUCAGCGAUAGUACAUGGAUUAUCUGUGUUUCCGGGCACUGUGCUGUAAAGGACCCCCACCGCCAAGACCGGAGUAUGAUGUGGUGUGCAUUGGCCUGACAGGUGCUGGAAAGACCAGCCUGCUCUCACGCCUCUGUAGUGAGGGCAGUGACGGCAUCGUUCCUACAACAGGUUUCAGCAUCAAAGCAGUGCCAUUUCCAAAUGCCAUCUUGAAUGUAAAAGAACUCGGAGGUGCUGACAACAUCAAGAAAUAUUGGAGUCGUUACUACCAGGGGUCACAGGGUGUAGUCUUUGUAUUGGACAGCGCGUCGGCUGAUGAGGACCUCGAAGCAGCUCGGAACGAGCUCCAUUCGGCCCUGCAGCACCCACAGCUCUGCACACUGCCUUUCCUCAUCCUUGCCAACCACCAGGACAAGCCUGCUGCAAGGACGCCAAACCAGAUCAAGAAGUACUUUGAGCUGGAGCCGCUGGCUCGAGGGAAGCGCUGGAUCUUGGAGGGCAGCACCACUGACAACAUGGAAGCAGUGAAGGAGAGCUUUGGUCAGUUCAUUAGCCUGUUGGAGGACAAAGACACAGAGCCUGCAAGGAUAUGAUGCUAACGCUGCUAAUGCAGAGACAUUAGCGGGUAACGACAAAGAAGCACCACAUCCUGCUGGUGCCCAUGGUCACACACUCAUGCACAGACAUAAACAUGUACACACAAGAAAAUACAGCAGAUGUUGGCCUCUCUCUUCGAGAUGUGUAUUGUAUGUAAUCCUCCCUUCACUGCGGUCUCAUUUUUCAAAUUGGAAGAGUGUGCACAAGCAACGGUCAGCCACUACAACCUGACAGAGGAACCCACCCAGUGUAAAGCAGUUUGUUUGUCAAGAAAAAUCAUUGAACUUUGCCAGAAAUGGAAAUCUUGUUUACUACUGUCUGUGCCAUUGUGAUUAAACCAGUGGCAUUUGGGACGUAUGGCAUUCCUUUAGUCAUCAUUGGACACUAACGCACACAUUCUCACUCUUGCACACAGAGAGAGAGAGAGACACACACACACACACACACACACUGUCACACACAAACUGGAGCCCAGGUUGUCUGUAGAUAUGUUUAACAUCUCCACUAAUUACUUUACAGGAUGUUUGGGUGGGAUCGGUUGAUAUUCUUUCCACAGAGGAGUACUGUAUGGCUAUCAAGUGUGCUUCUCCUUUUGACUCAGUAACAACGAAUGUCGUUGUGUGAUCGGAGUGCAUAGUCCAAAGCCUUGUGUUAUGUACGCUAGUUACAUAUCGGUGUGUCACACCGCGUCUGAAUAUCUAAUCUGAAUAGUGUAGUCUGAGUAUCUCAUGGAGUAUUAUGUACAUGCAAACAAGCAUAUUGCUGUGUACCCUCCUGUGCUGCCAUACACAAGUACUACUUAUCAUGUGACUAAGUACUAGGUGACCUAAUGGAGAUGUGAGUCCAUUUGGAGAAAGUGAGAACAAGUCUGAGUGCUUUUUAUAAAUGUGCAACUUAGGAUAUAUUUUCUAGCUCUGUAUGUUAACCUCGUAGAGCAACAUUCAGAUUUUUUAUAUAUCAUACCACACUUAUGAAUUCUUUCAAAUCAAAGACCAAAAUAGGAAAAAAAAGAAAAAAAAAAAUGAAAAAAAAAAACAGCGAUGAUUGACUGAGAUGGGCGUAGCCACAAGGUAGAGAAAUGUGAUGGAUUUUGUUUCACUAAAGUGUUCAGUGCAAAUGUCAGGUUUGUUUUUGUUUUUCUACAUUUUUACAGUAUUCUUUUUUCCUUUUGAAUUUGACAUAAUCCCCCUCAGCACUGGCCAGCGACUCCAGUCUCCCAUCAGGGUGGAAUACAAACUCUAUCAAUCAGCCACAGCAACAGCUGCAUCUGACAAGUCCCUGUCCGACACCCUAAUGCCUUCCAACUGUCUGUGAAGACCCCUCCCUGUCUGCUGUUUAUCGUGGACCCCCGCCCCACCUCAUCCCAACCCGUUCCAACCAACACUGCCCCUCCACUCCAGCUCCGCUCCUUGUCCCCAUUACUGCUCGGUGGGGUUUUUAUCCCAGUUGCCAUCUUUCAACCCAGCUGCCCUCGUGUGGACUCCAAACUUCUAAAAUGAGUCGUGUUCAUUGUGCCACAGGUGUGUGGUUGUUCCCAGGAUGUGCUUCAGUUAUGGAUAACGUUCACACCUCUUCCCUGCGUGUGCUUUGUAUUUUUGUUGUUGUUGUUUUGUUCAGUAUUUUGGCAGGUUUUUAGAGAUUUAAUCGCUUUUUGUAGCUGACAUGAGAUCUACUACGGUCUGGAUGGAUCAGUGCAUUCGGUUGCUUGAAUGCAAAAUAAAUCUGUCGACUAGGGAUUAUAACAAUGUCGGACUUUGCAUAUCAUCUGCUGACACAUUAAACAUUCGCUGCACUCUGUGUUUUUGUUUUUUGUUGUUCUUUUUUUUGGGGUGGGGUGGGGUUUAUUUUUGUUUGUUUUUGUUUUUUCAAUCAUGUGUUUUGUCUGA